UCCCAGCCUGGGCCUUGUUGCUAGCAGAUUCUCCCCAAACCACAGGCUGCUCCAGCAUCAGCCUCUCCAGGAUUUCCUCUGUGUUCAUCACCAUUCCACGGGGCUUCUGGCCUUCUCCACCGGCCUCUAAUGCUUUCUUCAGGAAUCUGGGCUUCUUUUCCUCCUUAAACUUUAGUUUCUCAGCAAAUAGGCCUCUUGAGGCCCUGCCCCUCCCUCUUUGGUCUCCUGCCUGGCUCUAGGGCCUUGGCCAAAUCUUCCAGAAGCCUCAGCAGGCCUCCUAGGCCCACCUCACCCAUGGAGGCCUCGGCAAUGAUGGUGCAUGGUCAGGCUGUGCCCUUUUCCGCUGCACUCCGGAGCCUUGUCAACAACCCCCGACACAGUGAUGUUCGCUUUGUGGUCGGCCCAGAGCGGCAGGAAGUAUUCGCCCACCGGUGCUUGCUGGCCUGUAGAUGCAACUUUUUCCAGAGACUUCUGAGCACAGAUCUGGAUUCUGGGGUACCUAGUCCUGUGGUGCUAAACACUGUGCCAGCUGAGGCUUUCCUGGCAGUGCUGGAGUUCCUGUAUACCAACAGCGUCACGCUGCACCGCCACUCAGUGCUGGAGGUGCUGACUGCGGCCGUGGAGUAUGGGCUGGAGGAUCUGCGAGAGCUGUGCCUGGAGUUUGUAGUAAAGGUGCUGGAUGUGGAGUUGGUUUGUGAGGCCUUGCAGGUGGCUGUCACCUUUGGCCUGGGGCCACUGCAGGAACAGUGCAUCGCCUUCAUUGAGGCCCACAGCCAGGAGGCGCUGCAGACCCGGGGCUUCCUGGAGCUGUCAGCCUCGGCCCUGCUGGCCCUGCUGCGCAGCGACCGGCUCUGCGUGGACGAGGCGGAGCUGGUCCGGGCGGUGCGCGGCUGGGCGCGCGUGGGCGCGGCGGUGCUGGAGCGGCCCGUGGCCGAGGUGGCGGCCCCUGUGGUGGGAGAACUGAGACUGGAGCUGCUGGCCCCUGCGGAGCUGAGCACCCUGGAAGAGCAGAACCGGCGGGAAGCCCUCAUCCCGGUGCGGACGCGGGAACGCGGGGAAGGCGGCGAGGCUCUGAUCCACUCUGCGGCACGGGGCGCUCCGGAAACGGGGCCCGCGACGGCCCAGCUGCCCCGAGUCUUUGGGGGUGAGCGGGUCGGUCCCGAGGGACUGCGCAGUGACCGGCGUCCCCUUGCAGGUGGAGCAGAUCGCGGAGGCCUGGAAGUGCCACGCCCUGCGGAGAGGAAAGGGGGCCCAGAGCACCCGGUGCCGCCGGCGGCGGAAGGGCACCCUGCCCCGGGAGCACCACUGCUUUCUGGAUUUGCCUUUCAAGUGAUGCAAUUCCACAAUCACGCGGGAAGAAUCCUGAGCCUGCCUGGCUGAGAGCAUCUGGAACUACAGCUCCCGACAUCCUCUGCUCCGGUAGCUGGCUUCCGGUCCCAGCAUUCCCCGCGAGCUGAGGACAGGAGGACCGGACUGUCGGCUGUGUUUCACUCCCUGGGCGUGGUGCCUGGGAGGUGGGCAGUGAGAGGGGGACUGGGGCUAAGGUUGUUAGACCCCAAGCCAGAGAGCCCUUUACUCUCUGCCCUCAGUCUAUUACCUGCCCCGGGGCCCUGUCCUUCCUGGUGAGGAUUUGUUCGGAUGACUGAGCAGCUCCCACUACAUUUCUAAUAAUACACCAGGCUCUUGGAAAAGGAGUUCUCCCUAAAUGUGCCACCAUCUCAGGCCCGGUGCAAGUAGAGCUCCCCAUGUACCCCUAACAAUGUCCCCAUAGAGUUUCUCGUUUGUGUGGGUGCCCAUGCCCGAAACUUGGAUCUCUUCCUCAUAGCUCAGAGGCUGGUUCUGCCAGUCCUUGGGCUUGAACUCAGGGCCUGGGGCACUGUCCCCAAGCUUCUUUUGCUCAAGGCUAGCACUCUGCCA